CUAAAAUCCAACUGCUCCACGGCUUCCAAGCUGGGCAAGCUCGCAAGCACUCCAACACCAAAGCUAGAAGGUUCAAACAUCACCACCACCUAACCCACUCUGCCCGUCCUGCCCAUCCCGUUCGCCAAUUAGCUCCGGAAAGAUCACCCGAAUAGUAAUCAUCAUAAUGUCAGAAAAGAGACCGGCCUCCGAUCAGGGACAGCUAGUGGUGAAACGACAAAAUGUGGGCACGAGUCGCGCUCUCACCCGCCAGGGCGCGUCGGGGAGCGGUGCACUCGUCCAGACGGCACCGCGGACGAGCGCGUUACAGGCCCCAUUGAUGGAGUUGUCGGGACACUCUGGGGAGAUCUUCACGGCCAAGUUCGACCCGACGGGGAAUCUGAUCGCAUCCGGGUCGAUGGACAGGACAAUAAUGCUUUGGCGGACGUACGGCGACUGCGAAAACUACGGCGUGCUCAGCGGCCACCGCGGCGCCAUCCUCGACCUUCAAUGGUCACGCGAUUCCGAUAUCCUCUUUUCCGCUUCCGCCGACACCCAUCUCGCGAGCUGGGAUCUCACGUCAGGGGAAAGGAUACGGCGGUACGUCGGGCACGAGGAGAUCGUCAACUCGAUGGACAUCAGUAGGCGCGGCGAAGAGCUGUUGAUUAGCGGGAGCGAUGACGGGACGAUUGGCAUUUGGGACCCGAGGACAAAGAACGCCGUUGACUACAUCGAGACCGAGUUCCCCAUUACCGCCGUGGCCAUCUCGGAGGCGGGCAACGAGAUCUAUUCGGGCGGCAUUGACAAUGACAUCAAAGUGUGGGAUAUUAGGAAGAAGGCGCUGGUGCACUCGAUGCUGGGCCACACGGACACGAUCACUUCGCUGAGGGUAUCACCGGACGGCCAGCAACUGCUCUCGUAUGCGAUGGACUCGACGGCGAGGACGUGGGACAUCCGACCCUUCGCCCCGGCUGAACGGCACAUCCGUACAUUUGACGGUGCCCCGUUGGGGUUAGAGAAGAACCUGAUCAGCGGGAGCUGGGACUCGGACGGCAAGAAGAUUGGCGUUGGUGCUGGUGACGGUACCGUUGUGAUUUGGGGCAGCGAUUCUGGAAAGCUGCUGUACAAGCUUCCCGGGCACAAGGGAACGGUGAACUGCGCCGAGUUUGCGCCGGGCGAUGACCCCCUAAUUCUUUCCGCAUCUUCCGACAGGACGAUGUUGUUGGGUGAGCUCAAAUGAGGCAUGCCGCGAGUUCUGAUACACAACCAGAUGGUUUGUGAUCUAAAGGAGCGCACGCCGGCUUGGACACCUUCCCAGACGCCGAUCACUGGAGUUGCAAGUAACAGCAGUGGUGCCGAAUACUGGCGCAGCAGACCUGCUGGAUGAUGGAUGGUGGCCCCAGGCUGUGAUUAUGGCA